UUUAACCAAAUAAAUACAUCCCAACUAUUUUAGGCACUUUUAGACAAAAAGCAAACAUUUCUAUAGUAAAGAAUAAGUCAAAAGAUCCGUUUUUUUGUAGAACUUUGUUUUUUAAUGUAUUCAGUAUUUAUAAAUAAAGAAACACUUACGUGAUGCCAUUCGAUUAUACUAAGUAUGAUGAGCAUAACUGGCUAAAUACUUUUUACUUUUUACAUCUCGACAUACACAACGCAAAAUGUCAACAAUUAAUCUGGGGUCGGAUCAAAAUGGGCAAAUCCUUUAACAACACAUCUAUCCAUAAUAUGAAUAUAGCACAUCUUAUAUCACAAAAAUUAGCCAAGAUUUAUACCUUGUUGUGUGACGUCCUUAAAAAACCCAAACCCCAUGUACAUGUGAUCCAGCAGAAGCACUGGAGAGGUUGACAUGGAGCAGGGCUACAAGUCAGGGAAUGCAGUACAGAGUGGGGACAUUCCAACAAGACCCCCGGAGAGGGAGCAGUGGGCCAAUAAAGUACAGUACUUUCUGGCAGUGGCUGGAAACAUUGUUGGUCUCGGAAAUGUCUGGAGGUUUCCAUACCUUUGCUACAAAAACGGUGGUGGGGCCUUCUUCAUACCUUACAUCUUGUUUCUGAUCACCUGUGGGAUCCCCCUCUUCUUCCUGGAGACGUCCUUGGGCCAGUACACUAGCCAGGGGGGAAUCACCUGUUGGAAAAAGAUAUGUCCACUAUUUCAAGGCCUAGGCUUCGGUAAUCAAGUGGUGGUCUUGUACACUGGUGUGUACUACAUUGUCAUCCUGGCGUGGGCCAUUCUCUUUCUCUUCUUCUCCUUCCAUGCGGAGCUUCCCUGGGCGACUUGUGGAAACAGUUGGAACACAGAAACCUGUUUUGAGCAUGGUCAUAAUGGAACCUCGGAAGGAGACAUCUUGACGGACACAUCUUCUGUCAUAGAGUUUUGGGAGAGAAGAAUAUUAGGUUUGUCAGGUGGAAUUGAGGAACUUGGCAAUGUGCAUUGGGAUCUUGCCCUUUGUCUACUGCUUGCCUGGGUCAUCUGUUACUUUUGUGUCUGGAAUGGGGUGAAGACGACGGGAAAGAUAGUGUAUUUCACUGCAACUUUUCCGUAUCUGAUGCUGUUUGUGCUGCUGGUUCGCGGCCUGACGUUACCAGGGGCUAAAGACGGGAUCAUCUUCUACCUCUACCCUGACCCGUCCAGACUCAUGGAUCCACAGGUAUGGUUGGAUGCUGGCAGCCAGAUAUUUUAUUCCUAUGGAAUAUGCACUGGUGUUUUGACCGCUUUAGGGAGUUACAACAAUUACAGCAACAACUGCUACAGAGACUGUAUCUAUCUGUGCCUGUUGAACAGCCUGACCAGCUUUGUAGCUGGCUUUGCCAUCUUCUCUGUGCUUGGUUUCAUGGCAUACGAGCAGGGCGUGGAUAUUUCCAUGGUAGCCGAAUCAGGUCCUGGGCUGGUGUUCAUAGCAUACCCCCGUGCAGUGUCCAUGAUGCCUGUUCCUCAGCUCUGGGCCGUCUCCUUCUUUAUUAUGAUCAUCUUCCUGGGUUUGGACAGUGAGUUUGUUAACCAAGAGUCUUUGGUGACUGCGUUAUCCGACCUGUAUCCCUCAAUCUUCAGAACUGGUGUUCGGCGUAAACUCCUUUUGCUUGCCCUCUGUGUUGGAAGCUUCCUCAUUGGUCUUUUGAUGGUCACAGAUGGCGGACUGUAUGUUUUUCUGUUAUUCGACCACUAUGCCUGCAGUGGAAUGACACUCCUUUUUUUUGCGAUUCUCCAGUCUGCAUGCGUGGGUUGGGUAUAUGGUUCAGAUCGUCAUUAUGACAAUAUACAGGAUAUGAUUGGCUACCGGCCCUGGCCUUUCAUGAAAUACUGUUGGCAGUACCUUACUCCAGCGGUCUGCACUUGCACUCUGGUCUUUUCUUUGGUGAAAUAUACGCCUCUGAAGCUUAACAAGGAAUAUGAUUACCCCUGGUGGGGCUACGUCAUCGGCGGGUUAUUGACUCUCUCAUCGACCAUGUUGGUUCCGCUCUGGAUGCUCUACGCCUUGACGGUCACUCCUGGCUCACUAAGCGAGAGAGUCACAGCGCUGUGCAUGCCAGCGAAUGACCUGCCAUCUCCGCCAACCAAGAAGAAACACGAGGUGUUCCAGACCUUCACAGAGCUACACACACUGCGCACCAGUUCCAGCCGAUCCAACAGCUGAAUCAUACUAGAAAUUAGUGACACCAUUUUUAACAGACUUUUUUUUUGCCGAUUUUUUUAUGUUGUGUGUACAAUGGCAAUGCCUUUAUUUUAAAACUGUUGAAUAAAUUGUGAUAUGCUGUUGUGGUAAAGGUUAAA